AGGCGCCUGUGUUAAGGCCCCCCCCCGCCCCACACUUCUCUGGGCACAUAGGGCCAUGGAGGGGAGAAAACAGGUUCCCAGCGACUUUGCACCCAAGGCAGAGGAGCUGCUGUUGCUGGUGAAACAACUGCAGGAUGCAAGGACCCUGGAGCCCCGAAUGGACGACCUGGUAGGAAGGAUCAGCAGACUGCAGCGAGCUAAGCAGGCUCUGAGCCGGGAGCUGCAGGAUGGGAAGGCGCGCAGCGAGGAACUGCAGGCAGAGCUGGAGGAGCUGAACGAAGAGAAGUCGAACCUGGAGGAAAUCUGCAGCCAGAAGCAAGAGGUCCUGCGGACCUUGCAGCUCCGCUGUCAGGAGACAGAGGCCGAGGCCCAGCGGCAGCAGACGCUGUCCCAGGAGCGGAAGCAGAGCAUCGAGGAGCUGAUGGCGAAGAUCCAGGAAGAGAAGCUGAAGCAGAGGAAACAGAGGCUGGAAUUUGAGCAGCAGCUAGACGAGCUGAUGGAGAAGCACAAGAGCCUCCAGGAGUGCCACAGCAUGGAGAAGCUGGCUGCCGAGAUCUGCAGCAUGGCCGAGAGCAAGGAACGUUUGCUGAGCGAAGGACGGCCUGGCCCCUAA